CCUCCUUCGACAUCCACGGCCAACACAACUCCACCUGAGAAAGCCGGUUGGAUUCGUCAUUUAUUUGGAGUGGUGGAGUACUUGAGGUUGGGCGAUGAUCUGGGUUCGUCCUUCCCCUCGAGAGGGAGAAGUCGACAACGGCGAUUUUGGCUAGAAGGAUAAUGAGAUGUCGACUAGGGUUUGCAAGUGGGUUGGGUGUUAAAAAGGAAAAAUUGCUUUAGAUGGGAUUCAAACUGAUGGGAUGGUUUAAUGAAAUCAGACUCCCAACCAGGGAAGAAACCCGUGUAAAACAGGUAUAAAAAUCAUAUCCAAAGCAAUAAAUUAUUUUUUUUUUUAUAAAGGU